AUGAAUUUAGUUGAUCAGUAUGUUUCCCUACAAAAUCAGCUCGCCGUCCAUCUCUCCGACGCCGGAAUUUCCAUUUCCAAAGCCAAGUUCGUAUCGGAGUUGGAAUAUUUUAACUUUUCUCUCAUAUUCUGUUCGAAAAUCCAAAGUUGGAUGGCAAAAAAACCUGCACGAACUGAGAAAAAAAAAUUGACUUUCGUCCUGAGACUUUUUGGAAAUCGUCCACGCUCCUUUGAGCACUUGAACUUUUAUUUUUGAGCAGGGAAAAUAUUGAUCAGAAUUUUGCAGAUCACUCCAGGGUUUAGCGUUGUCCAGUGUUAUUUCAGUCGACACUCACGAAAUGGAGCCCAUCGUCAAGUUGGUUUUCAUUUUUUUGAUUUUUUUGAUAAAAUUUCAAAAUUCCAUUUUAUUAUUAUUUUUUUCUCUGAAAAUCCUAAGAAGCGCAUUUUUCUUGAUCUUGAGAAAUUUUCCUCAACUCAACCGAUCUCUUUCCCAACACAUUUUCUUCUUUUUGAUCCCCAACUCGAAAUAUCCAAAAACCGUUAAAUUUCUCUUUUCCUUCUCAGAAUCGACAUCAACGAGGCCGGAAGCUUCAGUCUACACCAGGAAAAAGAAGCGAAAGACUCAAAGCCAACUGUGAGAUUUGUAAAAUCGGAUUUAAAAUAGUUUUUGUCUUUUCCAGACUAGAAACCGAAAACAGAAAGAGAAGGAUGAAGAUGAGAAAGAAGAAAAAGAGGCGAAAACGGUGAAAAAGUCGAAUUUCCGACCUUUCGGCAUUUUGGAGCCCCUUCCGGCUAAGGAAGCUCGACAUCAUCUGAGUGAUGCUAUUAAUGUUGGUUUCUCUUUUUUUGUGAUUUUUUUGCGAUUUCUGAUAUGGUUCUCAUUGAUAAAAUGUCGUAUAAUAUCAAGAAAAUCUUGGAAUUUCAAGUGGGAACCCUAAAAGUUAUGGUUAAAAUUUUUGAAUCGAUUUUUAGAAACUAGUUGAUAAGAUCCCGUAAAUUAUUAAUCAGAAAUCAAAAUUUUUAAGAAAUAUUUUUUUAAAUGUAUGGGUUUUUCCGUAAGAAAAAGCGGCCAAAUUUUGGAGUUUUAAUUGAGAAUUUACAAAAAUGUAAAAUUAUGUUACCCCUCAUUUUUAUACACCUUUUUUUCGAAAAACAUCCAAGUUUCAGGUGAUCUGCGAGUUGGCCUCCCUUCAAUACGCCUUGAAACAAUGCGACGAAAAAAUUUCGAGUACUUUGGAAACGAUCAAAACCGACGAGAAACUUAUGAGCGAACUGUCCAAAUUGGUUGUUUAA